AUGCAGGGCAGUUGCGGAUUGGAAGACGGAAGAAGCUGCCUCAGCAGCUGCCAUCAGAGAGGUUCACGAAGAGGCCAGAGGUACGAAAUUGGCAGGCCAUCCGGACUCUACUUCUGGAUCGGGAUAAUGAUCACAUCUGGUCAGUCCCGAAACCUCACCAUGAUCCACGGUCGCAGCCACGGGCAGAGCUGCCGCUGGGGGAAGAGACGCCGGAGUCGGAGGACGAGGAUCCCAGCAACGAAGGCCACGACGAGAGUGCCGGCGAGGAGGAGGAGGCACUGCGUGAUUGGCUUCUUGCUAGGAGCUCGGGCAGCCCGGGCUUGGUUGCUAGGCUAG